UCGGUCCGCUGCGCUUUCCCACACGGAGUUACUGACGGGAGACGUCAUAAGAAGGACUUGAGGAUUUAUCAAGAUGCAGUUUUGUUUGUUUGUUUCUCAAACUGCAAGUGCGCACGUUAUUUUAAUUGAAAACACGCGCUUUUGAUAUCGCAAUGAUCCACUGCUGCGUUCAGGAUAUUUGAAUCUAUUGAAUGGCUCAGAGUUGGAUUGUGUAGGUCCCAGAGCGCACAGACGAACACGCACACCGUUUCAGCUGGACUACAAACGCCGCUCUAGGUUCCAGGGCGACUUAACCCGACUGUGUUUGACGAGAUAAUAACUGUGGCAACAUUUACAGAGGGGCAGCCGCUCAAUAUCAGGGUGACCAUGCCCGGGAUGAUGGUGUCGCUCACGGGGUCAGCAGUGCUUCUCUUAUCCGGAUUGGUCGCUCCGCUCUGCUUGGUCAGGGCUUUUGGCGAUGAGGUGGAGGAGAUGACCUGCGACCCGAUCCGGAUCAGCAUGUGCCAGGGUCUCGGUUACAACGUCACCAAGAUGCCCAACCUGGUCGGCAACGUGCUGCAGUCGGACGCAGAGCUGCAACUGACCACGUUCACGCCGCUCAUUCAGUACGGCUGCUCAAGUCAACUCAAGUUCUUCUUGUGCUCAGUUUAUGUGCCAAUGUGCACAGACAAGGUUCCCAUCCCUAUUGGUCCAUGUGGCAGCAUGUGUCUGUCGGUCAAGAAAAAAUGCCUCCCCGUGCUCCACGAGUUUGGCUUCAUAUGGCCUGAGGAGCUCAAUUGCAGCCUCUUCCCACCUCAAAACGAUCACAACCACAUGUGUAUGGAGGGUCCAGGGGAUGAAGACCCUCCAUACCAGCCUGUCCGCCAUCCUCCCCACCAAGAGGAGUGUCACGCCCUGGGAUCUGCACCUGACCAAUAUACUUGGCUUAAACAGACUGAAAGCUGUACGCUGCAGUGCGGCUACGACAGCGGGCUCUACAGGCGAGGGGCCAAAGUGUUCACGGAUGCGUGGAUGGCAGUGUGGGCUGUGCUGUGCUUCCUCUCAACCACUCUGACAGUCCUGACCUUUCUCUUGGAUUCUCAGCGUUUCUCCUACCCAGAAAGGCCCAUCAUCUUUCUCUCCAUGUGCUGUAACCUGUACAGCGUAGCCUACCUGGUACGACUGACUCUUGGGAGGGAACGUGUUUCCUGCGAUCUGGAUGCUGCAGCAGUGCCAAUUCUGGUACAAGAAGGAUUAAAGAGCACCGGCUGUUCCAUAGUCUUCCUCCUCCUUUAUUUCUUUGGCAUGGCGUCCUCUCUCUGGUGGGUAAUCCUGACCCUCACCUGGUUCUUGGCUGCAGGACUAAAGUGGGGCCAUGAGGCUAUAGAAAUGCACAGCUCCUAUUUCCACAUAGCUGCAUGGGCCAUUCCAGCAGUUAAAACCAUUGUCAUCCUCAUCAUGAGACUGGUGGAUGCAGAUGACCUGACUGGGCUCUGCUAUGUUGGCAACCAGCAGCAGGAAGCACUCACAGGCUUUGUGGUUGCACCACUGGCCACGUACCUGCUUAUAGGCACUCUGUUCAUCUGUGCUGGCCUUGUGGCUCUUUUCAAGAUUCGCUCCAAUCUGCAGAAGGAUGGUGCCAAAACAGACAAGCUGGAACGUUUAAUGGUGAAGAUUGGAGUGUUUUCUGUUCUUUACACCGUUCCAGCAUCCACCGUUAUUGGCUGUUAUCUUUACCAACUCUCUAACUGGGGGGAGUUCAGGGCCAGUACCCAGGACUCAUAUGUGGCAUCAGAGAUGCUUCGAAUCUUCAUGUCACUGCUUGUGGGCAUCACGUCGGGCAUGUGGAUCUGGUCAGCAAAAACCCUCCACACCUGGCAGCGCUGCUCUGUGCGCCUGCUCAGGGACAGCAGAGCGAGCCGAGGUGGCAAGAGGGCACCGGGCGAGAGCUGGAUCAAACCAGGGAAAGGCAAUGAGACGGUGGUCUGAGGAGAAAGAAGGAGAGAAUGGACAGGAAUGGAGUUCUGCUUGUUUCUCUCUCAUGUACAGAAACUCACUCUGACAAAUGAAGGAGGUCAGAGAAUCAAUAGAUGAGACGGAGAUUGCAAAUGUGGCACAGGAACGUUGCAGGAAUAUCACCAAAACAGCCUCUGGAUGUAAUUGCAUCAUCACAGUUAAGACAGUCCUUGACCAUGUGCCUCUAUGAAGGAGACAAGAUGAGAGUCAUACAUUAGUAGCAACAAUAGCCUCUCUACCUUGAUAGACUUCCUUUGCUCAGAGAGGUGGAGAAAGCAAAACAAAUUAAGGAAAAAGAGAGAUGGAAAAGGCAGAACUAAAGCAUCAACCUGCAGACCGGACACCAAUAAGCUGUACAGCACCACGUCUACCUCUCUGUCUCUCUUUUCUCCAGAGCCUCAGCAGAAGAGACUGAACCUGCUGAAUACAAAUAAUUCUAAUGCCAUUGUGUCCUUUUAGGGUCUCCUUCAAGUUUUAAAUUUUACACUGGAGCAGGUAUCACAUAGGUGUGGGCUGAAGUUUCCCAGAAGCACCUGAUACCUUUAAAACCCCCUCCACAUUGCACGUAUCAGACAAAGUGUACUGAGAAUCUGAUACACUGCCUUAUAGCCACAGUUUGGUUAUAUUUUUCUGCUUUUUUGGGAAACUAUACUUUUUUCAGUUCAAGAGAACAGUUAAUUUUAUUCUCAGAAUUUUUGGGAAACCAGCUCUAAGCUGUUUUAUGCACUAUAGAGAUAUAAUAUGUGAAGGGUUGGGAAAGCAUUGGUAAGACUGAAAGUGAAUCAUUAUACAACACAUUUAUAUGCACAGCCUCAUUGAUGGGGAGAGUUUGGUCAGAUGUAGGUGCAAAGAAAAAAAACAUUUUGAGGUAGUCACCACACCACAAUGAAUUCUGGUAAUACCAGCUGUGACUUUUAUUGCCCCAUAAAUUUGUAAGUGCUAAGAUGUCCUGGGAAAUGAAGGAAUUUGUGCUUUUCUACGAGGAGCUCGACUAACUUCCAGUGAUGUGUAUGGUUUUCCUGGAAAUCCUGUACCGUAUAUGCUCUUGAGUCGCCAUGAAAUUCAGGAAAUUAAAUUAUUCCCUCUGUUCUUACCCAAAUAUUGUCUCUAUGGCAGGGUAACGGUUAGAGAAUUUGAGGUUAUUAGACAAUCACUUGCCAGAAUACACAUUAUGCAACAGCAAAGGGCUGUCACAGAGACAUGCAUGUGCUCACACAGAUAUCACUGUCAAAAUGUUUGGCAAUAAAAGUAAAGUGAAGACAAGUGGUCUGUAUAAGGUGUGGACCCACAGUGGGUGAAUUGUGGACUGUAGCUGUGGGUAAACUGUGUGGGCAGAGCAGCCACGCUUAUUCCACGGGCCCCAUGUGGGUGUGCCCACGCAGGGCCCACAGCAGUUUUACGUGCUGUGGCCCACAAAACACACAAAACCCCCCCAAUGUGGGGUAAAUGUAAGUAAGGCCAUGUGGGGCCAAUAGGACAUUUGCCCCUUUAGGUCCCAAAAAAGGGAAUUCUGUGGGUAUCCCAGCGAUGGCUGACCAGAAAAUAACCCAGGUGUAGCCCAUGACGGCUAGCUUAUAUUGGGCCCAUAGCAGAUUUGCCCUUUUGAAUCCCCAUGUGGGUUUUUUGUGGGCAAGCUAUAGUUGGUGUACCUACAAAAAACCUGCACUGACCUCCUUGUGGGUUCUACGGGUCCGCAGUGACCCCACAUGGGCCCCAAAGGGGCAUAUUUGUGGGCUAAAACAGCACCAGUUGUCAUAAGUAUAGUUACGCCCAGUAUAUGCUGCAUGAAGAUACGUGUCAUACCUGAGUCCUUAGGUUGAUUUAAAUUUUUUUUAUUCCUCCUGUUUAAUCACAUUAUCCCUGAAUGGCACAGAUAUGUGGAGGUUAGAGCAAUUCUUUUAGCCACUGAUGAGAGUCCUUCCUGAUUCUGGUUGUGCUGCUGCAGAUUGAAUGUAGGACCAGUAAAUACCUGACAUGAUAUUUUAACAUUACUAUUCAUUUGAACAUCUAAAGUGUCCAAAACCUUUGUACAUGAAGUAUACUCAUGGUUCUCUUUCCACAAAUCUUAUUCAUCAGCUCACUUAUGACUAUAUUUUGGUCAGUAUCAGGAAUCAAACAUCUUCUUUUGUGUGCUUUUCUUUUCUGGUCUGUAGGUGUGUAUAUUUUCUUUCUCUAUAAAUGUCACAUUAUGUCUCUCUCUCUCUCUCUCUCUCUCUCUCUCUCUCUCUCUCUCUCUCUCUCUCUCUCUCUCUCUCUCUCUCUCCCUCUCUCUGCCCAGUCUGUGUUUUUUAUAAUGCUAAUUUCCCAGACAAUCAAACCCUCAUAGGAAGAGAUUGUUGUGCAUUGUAUUUCACAUUUUCAUGGAUGACUAAAACAAGUUAUUGUCUCUCAAAUUGGAUUGGAGCUGUAUUUACCAAAUUCUGAAAUUUCUCCUGUGUCCUGUAUAUUUGCAUGACAAUCUUUCCAGAAACGUUCUUGCAUUUCUGCGAGCCUUUAUAUCUGUAGUAUAUGUGAUGUCUGUCACAUUUUGCCUUCCAUAUUUGAGAAGAAGAAGGAAAUGUCUAUUUCAAACAGUUGAAAUGUAUAAGACCUGGAGCUUUGUCUUCUUGUGUGUCCUCUGUAACUUAGUAGUGCCUCACACAUACCCCUGUUUUUGGCUUAAUGUUUGGAAUUGGACAGAAAAUCAUUGUGGGGAUUCAAUUGCCCCAAAAUAUGUUAAACAUGAGCCUUUUUUAACAUUAAGAGACAACUUUUAAUGGUUGUGGUGAAACCUAGAACCCCCUCAAGAAAGUGUUUCUUAAACCAGCGUAGCCUGGCACAUUUAUUACAUUUCCAAAGUCAAACAAACAUUACAUUCACUCAAAGUGAAUUAAAUUAACCUCUGACCACCUCCCCUCUGAGCUAAUGUAGUUUCCUUGCGAAUGUUUUGGCCGUCUCCCCUAUGACCACACUGAGCUUCAGGUAACAUUUCCAAACAAUCACAGAAUGUGCCUUGAAACCCAGUGCGUAUGUGUCAAGCUUAAUAAAGAUUGAGAACCACUGAUUAUACCGAUUUGUUAAAUGUUUGCCAGAAACCCAGAUAUGAAUGACUGCCGAAGUCAGUUCACCAGCACUGAUCGCAGCCUUUAAGGUCUGGACUGACCCCUGUGUAGAAAAGUCAAUAUCGUCAAUGUUUUAUAAUGAAAUUGCUAAUUUAUCCUUGUAAAAAAAAUGACAACAAAUUUUAAAAUGUGUUUGUUAUUUAAAACAGUUUUGUAUCAGAAGAAUAAAAAAAAAUUGUUUUCUGA